GUGAAGAUUUAACAGUCUCCUUCUCUAUCUCUCCUUCUGUAGCUAUCUCUCCUCUGCCUGGAUCUCUCUCCCCUAACCAGUCUCUACUACUCAAAUCUCAAAAGCCUGGAGGAUAUUACUUUGAGGCUGAUCCAUUUGUUUGCCCGCAGCUAAGUGCAGUUCAGGAAGACACUGUCAGCACAAGGGAUGUUUCUAGACAAAUGUGAAGGAGAUUUGUGUGACUUGAGGGAAGACGGCAGCACACCAACGCGUGGCACUCCUGAGGAGGAUAAUGAGAUACCUAAAAAGAAACACCGCAGGAAUCGAACAACAUUCACAACCUACCAGCUUCAUGAAUUAGAGCGUGCCUUUGAGCGUUCACACUAUCCUGAUGUAUACAGUCGAGAAGAGCUAGCUAUGAAGGUCAGCCUGCCAGAGGUUCGAGUUCAGGUUUGGUUCCAGAAUAGACGAGCAAAAUGGAGGCGGCAAGAGAAACUGGAGUCUUCCUCUAGCACACUACAUGAUUCCCCACUACUAUCUUUCUCAAGAUCCCCAAGAGCUACAACUAUGGGGCCUCUGAGCAAUACUCUUCCUCUGGAAUCCUGGCUCACUUCACCAAUCUCAGGGACUACCACCAUCCACAGUAUGCCAGCAUUCAUGGCUCCUUCCCAGGCCCUUCAGCCAACUUACCCAAGUCACACAUUUUUGAACAGUGGCCCUGCAAUGACCCCUAUCCAACCUCUCAGCAGUGCUCCUUAUCAUCAGUGUAUGGGGGGAUUUGCGGACAAAUUUCCCUUAGAGGAAAUGGAUCAAAGAAGUUCAAGCAUUGCUGCACUGAGAAUGAAGGCAAAGGAGCACAUCCAGACGAUAGAUAAAACAUGGCAGCCAAUCUGAUCAAAAUAGCUUUUACGAAACGCUAUACCUCAACUUUUGACUUCAAAAUCGCAAUGUUCUGUUUUGAAGUCUAGCAUUCUUAGACCUGGGUGUAUUCAAGCCAAAGCAGACUUUUGACAGAAUUAUGGAGUAUGCUAUAGAGCUUACAUAAGAUGACCUGUUUAUUUGUAGGUGGUCUUAAGCUGAAUGUGACUUUUAAAUUGGUGUCAGCACGGUUAAGAAAAAGAGACUUGUUUGUUAGAAGCUGAUGUCCGUGUUGUAGUUUUACUUCAUUGGGUCUGGUAAAUCAGUAUUUAAGAAGAAAAACAAUAAACCAAACUGCAAAGCA